AAGAGCACUUUCUCAAUCUCAAUUUAAGCAAGCCUCAAGAGCACUACCAUUCUCGCCUUCUCUGACUUUCUCGGCUGUUUCCCAACCGUUGUCGAAAGAAUCGGAACUCCUCGAUUGCCAAAUUGCUCCGGCGAAUCUCCGAUGGCUUCUCCGUUCAGGAGCCGUACACCUGGCAGACGCAGACAAAAGGGUAGUGGCGUGCCAUUUAUUGAUCCUCAACAGCCUGCUCUUGCUGUGGAACCCCUGAACAGUGUGCCAUAUACCGGUCCCCCUAUUAGUGGCAUUGGUUCCCACCCACUAAAGAUGGACACUGAUAUUCAUCAGGAAACUGCUUCACAGCAAGAAGCUGGUGAAAAAAUGGAAGCUGAUCCUAUUUCAAGAAACAAUCCAGCUAUGGUAUUUUUUCCUUCUCGACCAGCUAGAGAAGAGUGGGACAAUGUAAUGGCUGCCACCAAAACUGGAGUCGGCUUGACAGGCACUGCUGCAAUGGGACAGGUGGGUCCAGCUAUGGGGAAAAUGGUCAUUGUUGAAUAUGAAGAAACAUAUUACUUUCGUGUUGAUCUCCCUGGUGUGGCAUGUGAUGACAGUACAUUUAGCUGUGUUGUUGAACCUAGCGGGAAAGUAGUGAUAAAGGGAGUAACAACAGGUGUGAAAAGGGUUUAUAGGUACAACCAAGUCUUUGAGAUGAUUUCCCAAAAUCUUUCCCCACCAGGGCCAUUUUCAAUUUCUUUUGAGCUUCCUGGUCCGGUUGAUGAGCAACAGUUUACUAGAUCUUUCGGACUUGAUGGGCUGCUUGAAGGAAUUGUAAAGAAAAAGCCAGUGACUGGUGUUUGAGUUGUUAAAACAUGUCCUAUUAGAAGACUUUAUAUUUGUUCUUUUUCUUUCUUCCCCUUUUAUUAUAUGAAUUUUAAAGAGAAAAAGCCAUCAGCAGGUUGAUGACUAUAGUUAUCAAUUGGACUGACAUCUUGGAUGUUCAGUUCACCUGUGGGCAUCAUUACACCAUUUUUGUAAUCCAUAGGGCUUUUGCUUUCUAAUUGGGGAUGUAAUGUGGUUUGCAAGAUGACUCCCAACUUUUGGAUGGGAUGAACUUCAAAGUUUUCAAAACAAUCACAUUUAGAAUAGUGUUUUUAUUUGUA